UAUAUUAUGCUAAUAUUUGCUAUAUUAGCAAACAGUCAUUCCUUCAGGGAAAUCAUCUCGUCUAAAGCCUUCUUCUCCUUUCCCCCAGUCGCUCCAGUAACUCCACUAAAAGGCUUAUCUUAAACAGGAUUAGGGCUUCAAAGAUCUUUUCUCCCGCGGCCAUCUGCCCAUCUUCCUUGAGACAGUAAGUGUCUUGCGAGCACCAUGUCACCGGAUCUCCGUUGUUUUUGUGGGGAAACGGCAAGACGUCGCUUGCUCCAAGGGUUGUGACCUUCUUUCGCACCGGGUGGCUUUUGAACUAUGCCAACUUGCAGGAUAUUAUUGCAAAACCCAAGAGGAAGUAAUGCUUUCAGGAUCUAAACAAGGAUUUAAAAUGUCCAUCUUGUGGAGAUGUCUUUUAUUUAGUUUAGUGUUCAUGAUUUUGAGCCUGAGGACAGACGCCAACCUGGAAGGAUCUUCCAUGGGUCCGCUGGAGUUUCCUCUGGAUAGCGAGCCGGCACCUUUCCAGCGUAUUGUUCGUUUGUCCGAAGUCAGGGUGUCCCGAGAAGGUCGCUCGGCUCUGUCCAGACGAAAACGCAAUAUCCUCUUUCCAAGUGGAGUCAAGCUGUGCGCGCAGGAGACUGCCAAGCAGGUGGUGGCAAACCACCUCAGUUUUUUCAAUCUCAGAGUGUGCCAAGAGACUGUGUGGGAGGCUUUCAAAAUAUUUUGGGACCGUCUCCCUGAGCAGGAAGAGUACCAAAGUUGGAUGAACCAGUGCCAGGAGGGGGAGGUGACGGCACGAGACAUCGGCGCCUACUUCAGCCAAUCGGAGGAGCACCAGGGAGUGGUCAAAAAGAAAAUGUCAGUGCCUGGCUUGAAAAGUGAACCCACCAAGUCUGGACAGCAUACCUGCAGCACUCCGGCCCCCGACGUGACCAUCACCACUAAGUCUCCUGCCAAAGAAGAAGAUUUGGGCGACGCAGAAAAAGUGGAGGAUGCGCCAGUCCUUGUGCCAGACAUUGUGGUAAUCCCCGGUUUACGAACGAGCUCCGUUCCUACACUGCUGAACAACGACAUUCCGGUUGAGCCGGUUCCCGCGGCCGUAUUGGAACAGGUGGUGGAGCUGAGCAUCCUCUUGACGGGCGUCAUGUACAAUAAUGAGUUGGACGACCAUUACUCGCUACACUAUCAGACGCUUAGCAGACAGCUUGCUCAGAAGAUUGAGGAUGCUCUAUUGGGACUUCCUGGUUUCAAGAGCGUGUCCGUGAUGGACUUCAGGCCUCACAGGGAUCUUCAAGGUUUUUCACUCAGGGUGGACGGUAUCGUGGUGGACUACGCGGUCACCCUGGUGGUGGACGACACGGGCAUCAGCAGCGACCAACUGGAUUACUUGACAUUGCAGUCCAACCAGGUAGAGAACUCAUACCGCGAGGUCAAGGAGCACCCGACGCUGGUCUACGCCAUCAGCGAGCUCAAGACCUUUGUGACCGAGGACCUUCUGAAGGACGCCCUUGAGAGCGUGCCCGAGACCCCCGAGACCAUCCAUGCUGCAGAGGAAACCUCGGAUGAACCAGCGGAGCUCCCCCUCCCGGACGACAUCUUGAACGACGUCAAGCGAGAACAAUUGCUGCCUGAAAGCACCGGAGGAGACACUGAGGAGACGUCCGAAAGCGACAUUGUUGUCCUGGAGGAGAGUGUUGAAAUAUCCUCCCCUGCUGUGGUUGCGACACCUGUGCCUGAAACUGAAAGCAUCAGUGAUGAGGAUCUGCUUCUGGAAAACAGUGUGCAAACCGCCACUGUAGACAAACCUCCGGACGAAGACCAGCAGGAGCCUCCUCCCUCUGAAGUUCAGGAUGAAAUCACGUUGCCUGAACCGCCAGUGACGGUGGAGGCCUCGGGCACGGGCGACUUGGACAGCCUGCUGUGGCCUGAGACAACUCCGGCAGCGGAAGGCACUGAAGAUGUGGUCGUUCUGGAAGAGGAGCAUCUGGACAAUGGUGUCGACAGCGAAGAUCUUGCGAGUGAAACCGCUGAGGAUGAUUUAGCCUCUGAUAUAUUGAGCGAGGCAACCGAGAGUGAAGCACAAACUCCAGAUUUAGUUAAGGAAGCGCCGCCGUCACUGGAAGAACCUCCAGAAGCGUCCGAGAUCGCGACCGACGAUCUGGCGGAUGACGAUAUUUUGCUGGUCAACAAAGAGACACCGGAAGCUGAGGUCGUCAUUCCGCCGAACCCUCCCCAACCAACUGCCAUGUCCGCUGAGAAGGAUUCACCCUUCACGCGUGUAGCUGAUAUCAAUACAGAUGGCCAACCUGACAUCAUUAUCCCUUCACUCGCAGAGAUCCUGGAUAGCGAUGAAGAAGAUUCUCCCAUUGAAGACCCCCUUAACGACAUCUUAAAUUACGGCUUGAUCAACCACACCGAGGAAGGCAGCACGGGAUUCCCAUUUAGCAUCUCGCAUGGCACUGACCCAGCUGGUAUCGCUCUGCCGGCCAACCCUGGCCGAGCGCUCAUGGUGUUCUUCAGCCUGAGGGUGACCAACAUGAUUUUUUCCGAGGAUCUCUUCAACAAGAGUUCGGCAGAGUACAAAGCAUUGGAGCAACGCUUCCUAGAACUGCUUGUCCCCUACCUGCAGUCCAACUUGAGCAAUUUUGAGAAUUUGGAGAUCCUAAAUUUCCGCAACGGGAGCAUCGUAGUCAACAGUCGAAUGAAGUUCGGCAAGCCCGUGGCGCAGGGCGUCACUACCACAGUGUAUCUGAUCCUGGAGGACUUCUGCAACACUGCAUACCAAACUAUGAACCUGGCCAUCGAUAAAUACUCCCUGGAUGUCGAGUCAGGCGACCAGGCCGACCCGUGCAAAUUCCAGGCGUGCAACGAGUACGCCCAGUGCAAGGUGAACAAGUGGUCGGGCGAGGCCGAGUGCGUGUGCAACGCCGGCUACUUCAGCGUGGACGGCCUGCCUUGUCAGAGCAUCUGCGAUCUGCGCAGCGACUUUUGCCUUAACGACGGCAAGUGUGACAUCAUCCCCGGCCAGGGAGCCAUCUGCAGGUGUCGUGUUGGAGAAAACUGGUGGUACCGAGGAGAGCACUGCGAGGAGUACGUAUCUGAGCCUCUGGUGGUCGGCAUCGCGGUGGCCUCGGUGGCCGGAUUCCUUUUGGUGGCGUCCGGAGUCAUCUUCUUUCUUGCCAGGACCUUACGGGAUCAGUACGAUAAGGAUGAGUCAGAAGACCCGAUACGGCAUGCCGAGAGCAUUCCGUCGCUCGAGAGGGCGACCAAGUACAACCCCAUGUAUGAGAGCGAGGCAACCACCGGCUACAGCCACUACUACCGUCGUUACCCGGAGGCUCCUGUCUACAGCAGCGCCAGCGCCGAGGCCUCCACCGACUUCAGCAGCGAGGAGAUCCGACACAUCUACGAGAACAGUGAACUGACCAAGGAAGAAAUCCAAGAUAGGAUACGCAUCAUCGAGCUCUACGCCAAGGACCGUCAGUUUGCAGAUUUCGUGCGGCAGCAUCAAGCUGUUCUGGACACCCGAAGAGAAAGUUCUUCUGCCCAGACAUGAAACAAGAAGAACGAUACCUCUGUGUUCUGAGCAAUCAAACAUCACACAAGUGGCUGCAGACUGUCCUUCCUCCCUCUUCCUUCCUGGUGCCUUGAGCCGGACAUCCCUCCAUGGAAAGUUACUUAAAGCUUGAAAUCUUGUCAAACGGACGACGACAAACAACGUCAAGCAUUUACUUAUUUAAACACAGUAACAUACUGUAGUCUAGCAAUUAGAAAAUACUCAAGACGAGUUAGCUGCGAUUUAGUGGAUGGUGCUAUGUUAUUUAUGUUUUAUUGAGGUUUUAAAUGUAGUCAUCUACCAUGAAAUGUCAGGAUAAACCUUUGUCUAAUGCAGUACUUGGCGUCAAGGUGGCCAAAUAUUCUCUCUGGUGGAAGUGUUUUCACAACAUUUCAAGGCUCCACUAAAUCAGACUAUUGGACAUGUUUGCCGGCGGUUUUGAGAAAUAAAUGAAAACACGUUUCGCUGAGGGAGAAUGUUUUGAACAAAUGGUUGGAUUUUCAUGUCAUUGCUAAAGACUUAAGGAAAAGUGACAAAAACGCUUGAAGGUUAGCAGCAAUUCCUUCUCAAUGCAACUACCAGUUUGGCCCCGUUGUCGUGUUUGUUUUGUUUUUCUGUCAAAUUCUACCCUUGGACACAUUACCCUAACAUCAGCGUUGUCCCAUUGAACGGUAAAUCGUAGCUGUCCAGCUUUGUUACGAUGUUUAUCUCCCUUAAGAAAACUGCACACAUUGACAGAUGGGGAACAUCAUGCCUUUUCCAAUCACUCAUUCAUAUGACAGUGGAACCUCUUAAGUCGGACCAGUUCGCACAAUUCGGAAUUUGACCCACUUGGAAGAUGCACAGCACAACGAUUGGCUUUUUAAGAGAAGAACAAUAUGAAACUAGAGACGGAUAAAACUUGGAUUAGUCCGAAUUAACAUGUUUUGCUCGUCUAGCUGUAAAAACAGGAGCAACUGACUAAUAAGUUAUUACGUUUACCUAUAAAUUAUCAAAAUGAUGGCUCAAAACACAGUCUUAUACGUCAUUGUACUGUCUUCUCCGAGACGUUGGAGCUAAGUCCUUGUUACUUGUGAGCGUUAGCAUAGCGUUAGCGUUAGCAUGAGGCUAAUGCUAAAAAGCGAAUGUCCUUUUAAACUUUUUUUUUUUUUUACAUACGUACAGGUGAGUAUAAUUAAUUGAAAAUAAUGUACUGUUUUACUGUUGAGUGUUUAUUAGAACUAAGUUUGAGUUGUCCUCCCGCAUCCUAAAAACAUGCUUGGUUGGUCGACUGAACGCUCUGAAAUCUCCAUACAGUGGUAUGAAAAGUAUCUGAACCUUUUGGAAUUUCUCACAUUUCUUCAUAAAAUCAUAAUCAAAUGUGAUCUGAUCUUUGUCAAAAUCACACAGAUGAAAAAAGUGUCUCCAUUAACUAAAACCACCCAAACAUUUAUAGAUUUUCAUAUUUUAAUAAUGAUAUUAUGCAAACAUUGACAGAAGAGGGGAAAAUAAUUGAGUGAACCCUCUGCCUAAGGAGAUUUAAAGAGCAAUUGAAACCAAUUUUUCCAAACUUUUUAAGUCAGGUGUGGGCCCAAUUACUUAUGAGUGGUUUAAAGCUGCCCUGCCCACUAUAAAACACACACCUGGUAAGAAAUGUCUUGAUGAGAAACAUUGUCUGAAGUGCAUCAUGGCUCGGUCAAAAGAGCUGUCUGAAGACCUGGGAUCAAGGAUUGUUGAUUUGUAUAAAGCUGGGAAAGGAUACAAAACUGACUCUCAAAGUCUGGAUGUUCAUCAAUCGACAGUCAGAGAAGUGGUCUACAAAUUGAGAGAGUUUGGCACUGUUGCUUCUCUCCCAAGGAGUGGCCGUCCACUAAAGAUGACGCCAAUAGUUCAAUGCAGAAUACUCAGAGAGGUAAAAAACAACCCUAGAGUGUCUGCUAAAGACUUACAGAAAUCACUGCCACUGUCCAAUAUCUCUGCACGCGUCAACUACAUGUAAAACUAUGGUCAAGAAUGGUAUUCAUGGGAGGACUCCACAGAGGAAGCCACUGCUGUCUAAAAAAAACAUUGUUCCUCGUUUAAUGUUCGCAAAAAGGCACUUGGACUCUGCACAGAAGUGUUGGCAAAAUAUUUUUUGGACUGAUGAAACCAAAGUUGAAUUGUUGGGGAGUAACACAGAACGUCAUGUGUAGAGGAAAAAUGGAACAGCUCACCAACAUCAACACCUCAUCCCCACCGUGAAGCAUGGUGGCAGGUGCAUCAUGAUUUGGGGAUGUUUUGCUGCCUUGGGGCCUUGACAAAUUGCAAUCAUUAAUGGAAGAAUGAAUUCAAAAGUUUAUCAGGUUGUUUUGCAGGAAAUCCUGAGGCUGUCAGUCAGACAAUUGGAGCUAAAAAGAGGAUCAAUGCUGCAACAAGACAAUGAUCCAAAACACAGUAGUAAAUCAACUUCAGAAUGGUUUCAGAAGAACAAAAUGCACGUUCUGGAGUGGCCAAGUCAAAGUCCAGACCUGAGAUACUGUGGAAUGACCUGAAGACCGCGAUUCAUGCCAGACAUUCCAGGAAUCUGACUGAACUACAGCAGUUUUGUAGAGAAGAAUAGGCCGAGAUUAGUCCUGAUCGAUGUGCCUCUCUGAUCUGCAGCUACAGGAAGCGUUUUGUUGAAGUUAUUGCUGCCAAA